AUGGGUGACUCCUCCAAGCUUUCUGGCAGGGACCACGCCAUUGAGCUGGACUCCAGUGACGCUCUCAGACACACUCGCGACGAGUUCAACAUCCCCUCCAAAGCUGAUGUAGCUCGCAAAACUCUCCCUACCAGUGACAGCACGGGCAACUCUCUCGGUCUUCAGCCCAAACGCACUUUGGAUCGCAUACAGCAAUACCUCGCGACAUGGCGCACACAAGGUGUGCAGGGCCACUUCAAGCCCCUUGAUGACUCUCCUCUGCCAACAUGGCUAGACGUGGAUGCUCGUGCGGCCGAGAUGACUGCGCCAAUCGUGGGCGGCAAGGUCAGCGAAGUGGCUGUCAUGCAGACUCUCACGGCCAAUCUUCACUUAUUGAUGGCGGCAUUUUACAAGCCUGAUGUUAAGGGACGGCACAAAAUCAUACUAGAGAGCAAAGCGUUCCCAAGUGAUCAUUAUGCUGUUGAGACACAAAUACGGCAUCACGGACUCCGUCCUGAAGACUCGAUGAUUACCAUUGAGCCUCCAAAUAACGAGGACAUUCUCUCUAACGAAUAUGUCGAGUCCAUUAUCGAGAAGCACGCCUCCACUACUGCAGUACUUCUCCUUCCAGGUAUCCAAUACUACUCGGGCCAGCUCCUCGAUAUUCCACAUCUGACUAGUUUUGCUCGCGAGCGUGGCGUAUUCGUCAUUUGGGAUCUCGCUCAUGCUGCAGGUAACGUGCCUCUCUCAUUACACGACUGGAACGUCGACGCGGCUGCUUGGUGUACAUACAAGUACUUGAAUGGCGGACCAGGCUGUAUUGGAGGUAUGUUUGUUCACGAACGUCACACGCAGGUUGCGGACGAUGGAUCGCACAACGUGAGACUCGCCGGCUGGUGGGGAAACGACAAGAAGAACCGAUUCGCCAUGAGACCUGGUUUCGUUCCUGUUCCUGGCGCAGCAGGGUUUCAACUCAGCAAUCCCUCCGUACUCGACAUAACAUCUCUCUGUGCUUCCUUAGAGGUAUUCGAGCUGGCCGGCGGUAUGGCUCCUCUACGCGAAAAGAGCACCAGAUUAACGGCCUAUCUCGUCUCCGAACUGCAGAAGCUACCGCAGGACAUGAGCACGUACUGGAAGAUCAUCACGCCAAGUGAGCAAGAACGUCGGGUUACGCAAAUUAAUGGAUAUGACAUUCGUUUCUGUAUUUCGCUCUAUAGCCCAGUAGAGCACUACAGAUGGAUAAAGAAUACGGGUCCAUUCCAAACGGCUCCGUCUUAUCUCUCUUCACCUGAAAUAAUGUCCGGCUACGACGGCGGAUACAGCGGCGGCGGUGGCCGCGGAGGAGGUGGCUACGGCGGUGGUGGUUACGGCCGUGAUCGCGGCGACCGUGGUGGUGACCGAGGUGGUGACCGCAAUGGUUACGGCGGUGGUGGCUACGGAGGCCGAGGUAAUGGAUACGGUAACGGAAAUGGUUACGGCGGCGGCGGCGGCGGCGGUUUCGGAGGUGGUGGUUUCGGAGGCGGCUAUGGAGGAGGUGCCGGCGGUGACCGUAUGGGUGCCCUCGGCGCUGGCCUCAAGAACCAGGAGUGGGAUGUCAGCACCCUCCCCAAGUUCGAGAAGUCUUUCUACAAGGAACACCCCGAUGUCACAAACCGAUCUGAUGCUGAUGUGGAAGCCUUCCGCCGCAAGCACCAGAUGACCAUCGCUGGCAAGGAUGUUCCAAGACCCGUCGAGACUUUCGACGAGGCUGGUUUCCCCAGAUAUGUCAUGGAUGAGGUCAAGGCCCAGGGCUUCCCUGCCCCUACUGCCAUUCAGUCUCAGGGUUGGCCCAUGGCCCUUUCCGGUCGUGAUGUCGUUGGUAUUGCCGAGACAGGUUCCGGAAAGACUCUUACGUAUUGUCUCCCCUCCAUUGUCCACAUCAACGCUCAACCUCUACUUGCUCCCGGCGACGGCCCUAUUGUUCUCGUCCUCGCCCCUACUCGUGAACUUGCUGUUCAGAUUCAGGAAGAGAUGAAGAAGUUUGGCCGAUCUUCUCGUAUCCGAAACACUUGUGUUUACGGUGGUGUCCCUAAGGGUCCUCAGAUUCGCGACCUCUCUCGAGGAGUUGAGGUCUGCAUUGCCACCCCUGGCCGCUUGAUUGACAUGCUUGAGGCUGGUAAGACUAACUUGCGUCGUGUCACUUACCUCGUUCUCGACGAGGCUGAUCGCAUGCUUGACAUGGGUUUCGAGCCCCAGAUUCGCAAGAUUAUUGGCCAGAUUCGACCUGACCGACAGACUCUGAUGUGGUCCGCUACAUGGCCCAAGGAGGUCCGCGCUCUGGCUUCCGACUUCCUUCAGGACUUCAUCCAGGUCAACAUUGGUUCCAUGGAGCUUGCUGCCAACCACCGUAUCACACAGAUUGUCGAGGUUGUCACAGACAUGGAGAAGCGAGACCGCAUGAUCAAGCACCUUGAGAAGGUUAUGGAGAACAAGGAGAACAAGAUCCUCAUCUUUGUCGGCACAAAGCGAAUUGCUGACGAGAUCACUCGAUUCCUCCGCCAGGAUGGAUGGCCCGCGCUCUCCAUUCACGGUGACAAGCAGCAGAACGAGCGUGAUUGGGUGCUUGACCAGUUCAAGACCGGAAAGUCACCCAUCAUGGUGGCUACUGACCCAUUCACCUUCAUCUUCCGUGCUGGAACGUUGCUAUACAAACCCCUGCUUCGCCUGCUAACCAUUCUUGCUAAAGAUGUGCGCAACAUCACUCAUGUGUUGAACUACGACUACCCCAACAACUCGGAGGACUACAUUCACAGAAUUGGUCGUACCGGUCGUGCCGGUGCCAAGGGUACCGCUAUCACCCUUUUCACUACUGAUAACCAGAAGCAGGCCCGUGAUCUUGUCAAUGUUCUCCAGGAGGCCAAGCAGCAGAUUGACCCUCGCCUUGCUGAGAUGACUCGAUAUGGCGGCGGUGGUGGUCGCGGCUACGGUGGAUGGGGACGUGGUCGCGGCGGUGGUAGAGCCAACGCCAACAACAUGCCCAUCGGCAACCGUAACCGUCGGUGGUAA